CCGAUCCCCGUCCGAUCCCCGCCUGAUCAUUUCCUCUGCACUCCACACUCCCCCCCCCUCUCGCUCUCUGCAUCUGAAGGAUAUCCCGCUGCAGCUGGAGCAUGUCGAUGCGAGGAUGCAGGGUGCCGGAUUCAAGGUCGUUCGAACGUACGGGCGCAAGCAAAACACUCGCCUGAUCCAGAAUGCCAACAACAAUGUCUUUUUCAACCCUGGCCAGACUCGCAAACCGCUCACCCUCGACAGCGACAGUGACAGUGACAACGACAACGACGACAACGACAACGACGGCACCAGUGAUGGCCAAGGUGAUGGCGAUGGCAGGUCGACCGGAACCCAGGAACACAGCUCGGAACUGAGUGCCUGCCGCUCGGACGAUCCUCGGGAUAGCGAUUACAAGGAUGAGGAUGGCCCGAGGAGCAAGCCAGAGACACUGCCGGCCCGGGCUCGCCAGCCUCCCAGAGCAGGCCGUCGUCCACCUCCAGCAUCAAUGCGGCCAACACCAUCACAACCAGCACCAGCAUCGGCACAACCGCUACCAGCACCACCGCAACUUGAUCCACCCGGUGAUGUUGAGAUCCCUGCUCCAUCUGCCAAACCCGCCAAGCGGGGCCGAAAGCCCAGGGCCGCUCCGGCUCGAAAGCCCAAGCCGUCGUCCAAGCAGACGUCCACCGAUCUGCUCGCAAGUCCUGCUUCUGCCCCGCUGGCUCCAAGCAAAACCAGGACAUCGCCCAGUGCCCUCGGAUCUCUCUCCAAGACCCGCCAGCCUCGGAUUCGGAAGCCAAAGACCCCGGCCGGAUCGGCUGUCUCGCAGUCGCUCCACUCCCAGGGAGUCUCGAGAUCCACCCCGAUCGCCUCGACUCAUCGAGUCUUCAAAUCCCUCGCCGAGCAGCUGGGCAGUCCGAUUGUCAUCCUACCGGGAUCGCCGACCCACCCAUCCAGGACCGAUCGAGCACCUACAAACCAUGGCAUGUCCGGCGGCUCAUCGCUCAUCCAGGAGCAUGAUCCCGUCAACGAAACCAAUGCCUCUCCAAACUCAGAAACCACGGCCGGAGAAGGAGGAUUCAGUAUCGCCCAGCCCGACGAACCCGGAACACCGCCCGAUCGGAUAUCUCGUCUGCUCGGCGGUAUGGGUGUCGUUCGACUUGCAAAGACCACCGAGCGAGCCGCCCCGAUUGCCCAUUCCAGCGAUUCAUGUCACAGCCCGCUCGCUCGAGCCGCUCUCAGAGCCAGUGCCCGGAGAUACAACCUAUCCAACAAGCGCUCGCAAGAGCACCCGACAGCAGUCCCGAAUCCCACUGACGCCAUCUCGCCGCCACGAUUCGAUUUCUCGUUCUUGUCGCCAGGCGGCAUCGCUGCCUUUGCCGAGCUGUCGCGGAGACUGUCGCAUAUCUCACGGAUAUCAGGGGAUCUGGGCGACUUGGGCGACAUGGAUUCGUUCGAAAUCGAGCCUGACGACGAUGCAGAUUCGGUGACCGAGAGCCCGACUGGUAUCCAAAUCCUGACCCCGAUCCGCGGCCGCAGUGAUCCGUCCAGCCCAAGCUCGGACGAGACGGUUGCCGUCUCGGAUGCGAAUCUUGAGAUAUCGGAUGUCGACGAAUCCCAGCCUGAGCCUGGAGAAGCUGAAGUCGACACAGUCCCAAUCGAGCCUGGAAGGCCCAAGCCAGAGUCGAUCCCAACCAGCGAUUGUGAGCCUGAGAGACUAGCCCGAGCCUCGGCCCUCACGAAGCUGGCGGUGCAGAGGAGAAAGUCAAGGCGCACCACUCUGCAACUGGAUUCGCUGGAACACCACAGCGGCAGUGGGAGUAACGGCGACAGCGAUGACGACGACGACAGUAUCGGAGACAGCACCCACGAAAGCCUUGGCAACGAUGGCGACAGUAAAGAUCAUGACACCCGGGGCGAUAGCAACGAUGACACGCGCGAUUCAAGUGACUCUACGAAUCUCGAUUCCAUGAUCAGCCACAUGUCUCUCCAAGCAGCCAUGCUGCCACCAGCGACACCAAAGGCGAAACGUCGGCAGGUUGGCCUCCGGGAUCUGCUGCAACUUUGCAGCCAAACUGAGCCCACGACGUUCAGCGGGCAGUACACGACCAAAUCCCUUUUCAAGUGGAAAAAGCUGGCCGAGGCGACUUUUGCCGAAGUCUAUAUCUUCACAGAGCCCGGAGAAAAGAGCAGAAGCAUCGUCAAAGUCGUGCCCUUCGGCAAGCCCGAGAUUCUUGUCAACGAGACGCCCCAGAUGAGUGUGCAACAAAUCUACCAGGAGGCCGUCAUCACCCAAACUAUGGGCAAUCUCGACGGGGCAUCCAACUUUGUGCGCAUGAAGCGUUGCAAUGUGUGCCGAGGCCCGUACCCCAAGGAGCUGCUCAAAGCUUGGGACCGGUAUGACAAGCAGAAGGAAUCCGAAAACGACCGUCCGGACUACUUUGAAAGCGACCAGCUCUUUGUCAUCUGGAUCUUGGAGGAUGCCGGCACCAGCCUGGAGGAUUAUCCGCUGCAGACGUGGAAACAGGCCAUCAGCAUCAUCCUGCAAGUGGUUGCAUCGCUGGCGAUCGCCGAGCGGACGGUGCGGUUUGAGCAUCGCGAUCUGCACUGGAGUAACGUCAUGGUCUCGGAAACCGAUGCCGGAACAAUCCAGUACUCGGGCUUGGAAGCGACGACAGAGCUGACAGUCCCAACUCGCGGUCUAAAGAUCCACAUCAUCGACUACACCCUGUCACGAAUCGAGAUCGACAACGAGCUUUUCUUUGUCGAGCUUGAGGACGAGGACUUUUUCACGGGAACAGGCGACUACCAGUUUGAGAUCUACCGCAUGAUGCGGGAACUAACCCAGGGCAACUGGGCACGACGCACACCCAAGACCAACGUCAUGUGGAUCCACUAUCUCUUCGAGAAGCUCCAGGGCUCCAAGAAGCUCCCCAGGAUCAAGGGCCGGUGGGGCAAAGACAUUGAAGGACAGAAGGAGCUCCGGGCAUUUGGUGCUCGGAUCAUGGGAUAUGCGACGGCCACGGAGAUGCUGCAGGACCCGCUCUUUGACCAGAUCCACGAACUGCCAUGACCAUGGCUUCCGGAUGGGCAGAGCGUCGGGCUCGGCGAAUACAUCUGUCGAUGAAACCGA